AUCCCUCCACCAGGACGACCCACCGCAUAUCAUGGAUGUUUCCAGACCCAGAUGCAGCCUCUGGAGAAAACUGGUCCUUGUGGCCAAUCUGCUGGCUUGUGGGAUCCUCCAGACCUCUGGCCAAAUCUCCAUCGUCUCAUUCAUAGGAAUAGAGGGAUAUCGGAGCUACCUGUACCUCGAGAGCAUCCUUGAGGAUGUUCAGGAAUACAGCUGGCACCGGGGUGUAACCGACAGUGAGGGAAAUAUGAUUGUCAGCUACAAACCUCCCUCCAAUUCCUGGCAGUCCGGGCCCAUGUUCAGCGGCCGGGAGAAUGUAACCAGCAAAGGCCACCUGAGGAUCAGGGAGUCUAUGUUAAAUGAUACGGGGAACUACACCGUGCGGGUAGACGUCAGCAAUGGGACCUACAGAGCAACCAGCUGGCUCGAGAUUCGAGAAAAGGAAAGCAACCCAGGCAUCUCAACCAACACCACCUCUGUGGUUGAGUACAUGGAUCCUGUGGCCGCCUUCUGCCACACCAACGCCACUAAUAUCACGUGGUAUGUGGAUGGCAUACCGGUGUUCAGCAAUGACCUGAUGACAAUUUCACCAGACGGCAAGACCCUCAUCAUUCACAAGGUCAGCCGCUACAACAAGAUACUUCAGUGUGCACUGGAAAACAUCCUAGAGUUUCCUCAAAGAAGUGAACAGAUCUUUCUGACUGUGGCUUAUGGACCUGACAGCGUGUGGCUGAGCAGUGAUCCCAUGACUUUCAACGGCAUCCUGUAUGCUGAGCUCGGCUCCAAGGUGGAGAUGAAGUGUAGCUCCAGUUCCUUCCCAAGACCCAAGUACCACUGGAUCCACAACGGCUCCCUCCUGGGCGUCUCAGAGGCAAACAUCACCCUCCCGAGUCUGACCUGGGAGCAGAUGGGCAGAUACAGAUGCAUCGUGGAGAAUCCCGUGGCCCAGCUAACCAUUUACAGGGAAGCCCAGAUCCGGACGAGGCCCGGUAAGUGUCCUCUCUUUCCAGGGUCCGUUCCUAUUGUUAGAAGAGAUUUCUACAUCUCCGGACCCCUGGUGGUGUUUCUCAUCGUGAUGACAGUUCUGGGAGGUGUCUACCUCUGCGGAAUCCUGGUCUACAUGAUGAUCAGCCGUUUCUCCACCAGGAGAAACCGGGGCAUAUGAGUGUCCACAUCGGACUUGGAAGACAAGACCAGAUGGGCAAGGAGCAAGUGUGCUUUUAACUUCUUCACUAUCCUAAUCGACACCAUGGACCAUCGGAACGCUGAUGCCCAUCUCAGCAUUGCUGAUGGCAGAGAAG